GCCGCGAGCCCCUUCCUGCCUACGGGUAGUGACAGUCGGACAGUUCUCCUGACCGCGGCCCCGCGGGAAAACGUCUACCAUGUCGCGUGUCGUCGGCGCCACCGUGGACGUGCUGACGCACUUUGCGACCGGGCUCUGGACGUAUGCUGACCCUCGGUCCGAGCACCUGCCCAUGGUGAAGAACCCCUUGCCGGUGGCCGCCAUCAUCUGCGGCUACCUGUACUUCGUGCUCUCGCUCGGGCCGCGACUCAUGAAGCACCGGCAGCCCUUCAACCUGGACAGGGUCAUGCUGGUGUACAACGCGGUGCAGGUCAUCUGGUGCGGCUACCUCAUCAGAGAGUGCGUGCGUCUCGCCUGGGGAUGGAAGUACAGCUGGACUUGCCAGCCUCUCCCCACAGGAAUGGAAGUGGCAGACUACGAGACGGCCUUUGGCGUAUGGCUUUACUUCAUUCUUAAGAUCGUGGACCUGUUGGAUACGGUCUUCAUGGUCAUGCGCAAAAACUUCCGCCAAAUCUCUUUUCUGCACGUGUACCACCACUCGGGUAUGGUGUUCUGCAUUUGGUUGGGUGCCAAGGUUUACCCCGGCGGCCACCACACUUUGCUGGGCCUCAUCAACUGCAUCGUCCACUGCUUCCUGUACGGCUACUACUUCCUGAGCCUCGUGGAGCCGCGCGUGAAGAGGGCGUGGUGGAAGAAGUACAUCACCCUCAUCCAGCUCGUGCAGUUCGGGAUGAACGUGGUGCACGAGGCGCUGCCGUUCCUCAUCGCCGGCUGCGAGGUGGACCGGCGGAUCAGCGGCGCGCUCGUCGUGCAGAACGUCUUCAUGUUCGUCCUCUUCGCCGAGUUCUAUUACAAGAACUACAUUCGAAAGGCGCCCGAAAAGACUCGAAAAGACACCUAAUCGAGCGAGCUUCAUUUCCAUGAGAGAUAGACUCUGACCCGUGAAUAGCAAUGAGAGCUCCGACAUGCUGUGCGCCCGGCGCAGAGAAGUUGGGCAUGAGAGGCGCGCACAGUGAACGCCCCCCGGGAUGACUCGAGGGAACGUUGGGCACGAUGGCGUUCUGGAGUGCGACUGGAGAGCUCACGGCGAGCUCACGGCGAACUCACGGGCUGCGCCUUCUAAACUUCUCAAAAUAGGGUGAGGGGGUUGGGGGGUAACGUUUUGGGAACGUUUUUCAGGUGAGCUCACGGUGAGCUCGGCGUGAGCUCUCUAAUCGCACCCCUGGUUGCCUGAUAACAGCCCUCCUGGCGCGGUGGGGGUGGGCGUCAGCUCCCACAUACAGGGGCUUGGCGGGUUUGCCUACCCAGCGCGUUGCAGGCGCUACUAUUAGCAUAGUGUAAGCAUGAUCAGGACUAUCAAGUGGCCCACGGGCCACGGGACGUUUCACAGUUACAGCGCACCUCAUGCAGGCGUGCGGGUGGGUUUGCCUAUUGUCUAGAGCCAUGGCACAUCAUGGCCAACGAGUAGGCAACCCGGCCAUCGUGUGCAGGUAAAGUACACAGUACACGCACUAAAUGUUGCGAGGUCCGUGUUGAGAAAGCAGUUGAGUCUUUUAAUAAUCAUCUAAAUCAAAGACAUACAACAGCCCGGCUACCGGCUAUACUCGUUCAGGCAAGAACGUUUGAGGGCCUAGUCGAAAGGAGCCAAACGUUCCCUUGUGACGCCUAUGGGUAUCAUCGCCUCAGAGAACGUCACCUUUGGGGACGUUCACUGUGGGGGCACUAAACUAGAGUGUCCACGUCUGGGUACGCGGCCAGCCCGGGCCCGGCCUCAGCCACAACGCUGCCAUCUAGACGCUACUGUGUAGCGCGAGUGUGUUUAAAUAUGUUUUUUUAGAAAUAUAUUGUUAAAUAUAUUGUGCGUACAAACACGUUACCAUAAAGCAA